CUCGCGUGCUUUGUGUCAGUCAAUGACAGUUGGAAGUGGAAGUCACUUCUCCUCACGUCUUGGGACUUUAAUGACAACAUUGGGGCUUAAUGAAAAUCGUAACACCAGCUGUGAAGCUGUUUUCCCAGCAUGCACCUGAGAGAUGAGCCACAACGUGCCCUGGGUUAGCCAGAGCAAUCAUCACGGCAUGGAGGCGGCAGCUGGCAGAACCCCCGCGCUGUCGGAGCCUGACCUCUACCGCAGUGUGCAGGCCAUCCUGCCCCGAGAACGAGACUGUCAUCUCACAGGCAUGCUCAGAUGGACACUCAAUAAGAAGGUUCAGAACCGCCCGGACGGCAACUCGUCCCUGGUUUGUGUCGUCAUCAAAGAGCUGGAGAAGGCCGAGAGGCUGGACUGUCGCAAAAACAUAAUUCCUCUGCUGCACACACUCAUGUACGCUGUGUUACAGACAGCCCACAUGCCUGCUGAGCUCCACAAGCGCGUCUACAACUUCUGCAAGAGGCUCCUGACCUUCCCCCAGCCGUACUGCUCCACAGGCCUCAGCUACAGCAGACUCAUGAAGGCUGAGUGCUGCACUCCAGGCCUGAUGUAUCAGAGGAGGGUUGUAGCCGAACAGAGCUUGAAGAACCAGCAUUACCCCUUUCAGGAGAGGGUGUUUGUUUUCGCGGACCCUGAGGUUUUCUCGGGGCCCCUGGGCAUGCUCCUGCAGGCUGACAUCCAAGCCUCCAACUUGGGGCCCCAUGGGCUCCUGACUCCACUGGACCACAUGAGCAGCGUGAUCCAGCACUCCAUCCAGGCGGCUCUGGGGCCCCAGCGCUGUAACGGCCCCAGCCUGGUCCAGGCCCUCAGGGACAUGGGACAGGAUGUGGAGCCUUACUUCCAGGAAGUGGUAGCGACUCUCGAGCAGAACGCCAAGGUGGGCUGCAUGCCGGGGAAGGGGGGCAUGCUGGGAGGUCGUCUGGAUCAGCUCUACCAAGAAAUUCUGGCCACGGCACGUGCAGGUCCAUUGUCAUGCGGGCCGCUGUGUGACAGCCGCCUUCCCAACCCAGAGAUCAGCUUCCAUAUGUGGACAGACGAGGAGGACAUCAGGAAGGAGCUGUACAGAUGUGUGCGCUCCUCCUCCAUGUCGGAGCAGUUCUCCCUGAGCCAGGACCCCGGGGACGCUCUGGAGACGUCUGACCUCCUGGACCCUCCGGACACCCCCCGCCACUCGGUCAUGUCCGUGGACAGCGGCAUCGAGCGAGACCUCCCCCCCACCACAGCCGAGGCUGAGUGGUAUGACCAGAUGUCCGCGGACUUACCUGUGUCGCCCUCGGCGGACUUCAAAUGUGGGCAGGAGGUGGCCGGCAGGCUGAGCCGGAAGGGGGGCAUGAAGAUGAAGCCCACGGUGAGCGACAGCAUGGUGCUGAUGCAGGACACCCUGGAGGAGCAUGGGGGUCUGGGUGGGGUCGGGGAGGUCUCCCGAAGGACCCUGCAGCGCCAGACGGGCGGCAGCUCCACCCAGGCCGCACGCUCCUUUUCCAAGGAGCCGCGCCCCUUCACUGCCAGGAUCGUCGUCAUGGGAGACGACAGGGUGCUGGGACGCCUGGCCAAAGCUUACUACGGUCUCAGGAAGAGGGAAGCGCGGAAGCUCUUUCUGACGCAAAAAGUUAACCUCCAGUUUUACUACAUUCCCGUCAGCGCCUCCUCUGUCAAAGAAAAUGUUGCUCCAACCAAGGAGCAAUGUUGUGCGUUUGGCUCCUACCUGGGCAUGGUGGACCCCUGGUAUAACUGCCACAUCCGGAGCCUGGGCGUCACCAUUCCUGAGCUAGCUAAAAAGCACACCAACAUCGGUCAGCAGGAGUCCCUGCUGUCUGACGUCAUCUCCUACUACGUGCGCAUGGGCCGGGAGCCCGUGCGCUUCUCUAUCUACCAGGUGAAGAUCUCCUUCUGCUGCCUGACCAAGGAGCCUGUGGAGCAGGUGUUCCUGUCUCACCUUGAGAUGGAGCUUCCAGAGUUCAGACGCAUCUCUCCCGCCGUCAAAGAGAAACAACAGUGGAAGACUUUGGGCGACAUCAGCGGAGCGGUGGUCUCGAUGAACUACAAAAGGGUGACAUUAAGCGGUCGUGAUGUGGACACCGCUCUCUCCGUCAAGAUGUUCGGCGCCCAGAUCACCGCCAUACCCUCUAAUGAAACGGAAGAUCUGAACUGUUUGACACUGACUUUGAACGAAGCUCAGACCAAGAAUAAAAGCAAUCUGGAGCAGAAGAUCAGGAUCAGUUACAUCAAGAUCCGCUCUCUGGAGAAGCGGUCGUUCACAGUCACCCUGGACAAAGACACUCGGAGGGCCUUCAAAGACGUCCAGAGCAUCGAGAUCUCCUCGUGUCUGGACCCAUGCUACUGCCUCCACAAGUCGAGUCACACCAAGCCCGGCGGGACCGGCGACGGGGCCGGACUGAGCCAGUACAUGAACCGAGGACUUCCCCUGGCCAUCAACACCUUCUCAGGCAUCAUCAACUGACACACACAAACACACUGUCUCUCUCUCUCUCUCUCUCUCUCUCUCUCUCCUCUGAUGGAUCUGUUCUGCGCUGUGUGUGGAAACAGAGAUGAUGCCCCGCAUCGCGUCACCCUGAGAGAGAGGCCGCUGGAUUGCACUGGACUUACAAACUCUCGUGAUGUCAUCAUCAUGCGACAGUCACUCGCACUUUGAGUGCCUGGACGUAGCGACGCCUCAGGAAUAUGGUUGGGUGAAGUCGGCUGGA